AUGACCGAUUUCGUGACAUAUGUUGACGACAUGCCGAAAAGCGACAAGUAUUCCGUACUAUUGCCAACAUACAAUGAGCGCCAGAACUUGCCUGUAAUGAUCUACUUGCUUCAUCAAGCGUUUACCAAACACGAGCUAAACUAUGAAAUAAUUAUAAUCGAUGAUGCUUCACCGGAUGGCACGCUGCAAGUCGCUAAACAGCUACAAGAAGUGUAUGGAGAACAACAAAUCAUAUUACGGCCGAGGCCUGGGAAAUUGGGAUUAGGGACGGCAUACAUUCAUGGAUCCAAAAGCGCUACUGGGAACUUUAUCAUUAUCAUGGAUGCCGACUUCUCACAUCAUCCCAAACACAUACCCGAAUUUGUGGAAUUACAACAAAUGCACAAUUACGAUAUCGUCACUGGAACUCGAUAUGCUGCUGGUGGUAGCGUGUAUGGUUGGGACUUGAAGCGAAAGUUGAUUUCACGUGGUGCCAACUUUGUCGCUUCGCUUGUAUUGGAUCCACAAGUGUCUGAUCUGACGGGUAGCUUCAGGUUAUACAAACGACACGUAUUCGAUCGAAUACUGGAAUCAUCUGAGCCCUCUAAAGGCUACGUGUUUCAAAUGGAGAUUAUGGUACGCGCUAAAGCGUAUGGAUAUCGAAUUGGUGAAAUUCCAAUCACUUUUGUGGAUCGUGUGUAUGGUGCUUCGAAAAUGGGAAUGGACGAGUUGCCACAGUACUUAUGGGGGAUAUGGAAACUGUGGACGAGUCUGUAA